UAUGAGAGUUGAGAAUCUGAUCGUCUUGGAUAAAGCUCACGCUGCCGGCAAGACUGGUGAGGAGGUGGCGGCUAUCGAGAACAAAUGGAUCACUAAUGCUGGUCUGAAGUUGUAUGGAGACUAA